AUGACCAUCAACACACUUACUGCCGGUGCCGCAGUCACUCCCACUGUCAUAAAGACAUGCAUUUCACAUUAUGCCAACCGGAAGCCCCGCCGCCAGAAACCAACUGCCCACAUCUCCUACGAUGAAGGCCUCCAUCUGAUGCGAACCUUUCUCCUUUACGCCUCACAUCACACAGUGGAAGAUCUACAGUCCUUUACCGCUCAAUGGGUCCCCAGCCCGUCUUGGGUAAGAACCGAAAGCGUCACAAUCACAACCGACCAUGUCUCCAAGGCUGCGAAGACGAUCACGGCCCAACUGGGACCGACAGGCAUUGAACAAGUCGGCGGCACUCAGUGGUGGCAAUGGAGGCCCAAGGGAGCUGAUCUGAAAGCAGAGUGGGUCGAGAUGCGUGCACAUUACAACGAGCUGAAAAGACAAGGCACGAAAAGCAGACGGAUUAUGCUCUACAUCCACGGCGGAGCGUACUUCUUCGGUAGCGUCGACGUCCACAGGUACCAGCUUCAGAGGCAUGCUCGAAAGCUCAAGGCUCGCGUGUUCGCCCCGAGGUACAGGCUAGCGCCACAGUUUCCCUUUCCCUGCGGGCUACAGGACUGCCUUGCCGCAUAUUUUUAUCUGCUUAGUAUACAUGAUCCUACCGAGAUCAUUCUGGCGGGCGACUCGGCCGGUGGAGGCAUGGUUGUCUCGAUACUCUGUAUUCUCCGUGAUCAAGGCCUUCCCUUGCCUGCUGGCGCAGUCCUCAUCUCCCCAUGGGUGGACCUUACGCAUUCUUUCCCCAGCCUGAGUGGCAGCGCAGAGUUUGACUAUAUACCACCCUAUGGCUUCAUGCAGAAACCUUCAACCUCGUGGCCCCCUCCCAACGACGAAGAGCUAGCAACCAUCAGCAGAUUGGCGAAAGGCAAAGAUGUCCCUCUUAAAAAUAAGGAAGACGGUCCAAGCACGUCGGUACCCAUCAAGGAUGACGGUAAUGUGGAGCCUGGUCCUCAGCUACCUCUAUCAAUGGAGUUGGACGGAAAGCGAGUUGUCUUGCGAGAUCAGAUUCAGAUGUAUACGACCAACCAACUAUUGGCCCACCCCCUAGUGUCACCCGUCUUGCAACCCUCCCUAGGAGGCCUACCUCCAGUCCUGAUCCUUACCGGCGGCGGGGAAAUUCUGCGAGACGAACAAAUCUAUCUUGCUCACAAGAUGGCAAAUCCGUCCAAGUUUCCCCUAGGUUCUAUUUACAAGGCAAGAUAUGAUCCAGAUGGUGCUCUCCUUGCUAAAUACAAACCCACGCCAGUUCAAUUGCAAGUGUGGGAAGAUCUGUGUCACGUUGCUCCAACGCUGUCUUUCACUCGCCCAGCGAAGUUCAUGUACCGUUCAGUUGCACAGUUCGGAGCUUGGGUGUUAGCUAAGGCUCAGAAGCGAGCGAUCGAGAUCAUGGAUGACGACAAUAUCUCGGUCAUUUCCUCACAGACGGAUAAUAACUCCCUGCCGGACACCGACGCCGACUCAUCAAGUACCGGCGCAGCAAAGGCGAAAUUAGACCUGAACAAGGUGACGGGAAGUGUUGGUCGAGCGGGAGACCCAAUCCCCCCUUUCGAGAACAACAUGAUUCGUCAACGGAUUGACCGUCACGGGAAGAUUUACCCUUUGGCCGAACCACAUGAACUGCCAGCGUUGCAAAUGCAUCCAGACCAGGUGGGAGUAGUCAAACCUGGUCCCGUAAGAAAAUGGCUCGAGGCCAAACAGACGUGGGAUACUAAAUAUGCCAGAGUCAGGACGAAGGUGCAAAAGGAAAGAGUUGCAGCUUUAUCCAGUGGGAAGAUCAAGGGCUUUGAAGCCGGUGAGCACCCUCCGCCGUGCGCUCUUGCCAGUCGGCGGACAGACAAGGAUCUUUUCGUCAAGAAGAAGAGGAAGAGUUAUGGGUUGGCGAUGUGGAGUAUGUGGGGAAGCAAACAUGAUGAGUCGGUGCUGAAGAGGGAAGAGGAGGCGGUCCAGCUGGAGAAGUCGGAAGACAAGCGCCUAGGCAGAGAGCGCGAGGACGGCGUCACGCCCACUAUAGUCGAAGGAGAACAAUCCUCGACACGUUGGCGUCGAAGCAACAGCGGAGGGCGAAGUGCGAGCGCAAAACGUCAGACAAGCCAAUCAAACACUCGAGGCAGGAGACGCACCAUCUCUGUCACGGACAGAGGCCAAGCUGAAGGUCGCAAUGUACCCCCAGUUGUGCUUCCCUCAGAUCCUGCAAGAUCCAAGGAGUUACCAGCCACGGCAGGGAACGAACAUUCGGCUCAAGACGGGCACAUAGCUUCACCUGAAUCAUCCUUGCUAUCAGCGGGCUUCAUUCCGAAGUUCAAAACAGCAGUGCAUCUUCGUGAUGAUAGCGGUGGCCAACACACGCCGGUGCUGUCCGACGCCGCUAGCACGAUGACCGGACGGAGCGGGUUCGUCGCCGAUGAUGCUAGCACCCGUGCUGUCUUCGCGGCCCCAGGAAUUUCGAAGAGCGUUGACUCCCAGGAGGUGGAGAAGGCGAAGCCAUCAAGUCCAGCCACGAAUACAAGGCCGGGAAGCCCCUUGGCAAACGAAACCAGGAGUUUCGUGUCCGGGAGUGAGGAAUUCAACGAAGGUGUGGCAAGCAUACAUCUAGGAUCUGAGCUAGGCAGUGUUACUGCGGGAAGAUUUCACACCGGGGCGCAUGGGAACGAUACACCUCGAAGCCAGCGCAGCCUGGAGCGGCUACAGAGCCACCAACGCGACGAGGGAAUGGGUCGGCUGGCGCCACUCCGAAGUCCCAGCUCCACCGCCAUCGUCAAGGCCGAGGGUGUUGUAGGCGUGGUUGAAGAUACAGAGUAUUCCAGAAAAGAAGGAGUCGAAGAUUAUGAGAUGAAAGAAGGCAUGAUAGAAAAAGAGAAGGAUAUAAACGGGGUGGGUCUUCCUCGGUCCUCUGCACCAGGCAGCAAAGGGCCACCGCCGACGAUCCCACGCGCCCAACGCGGGCUCCCCCAAAAGCGCCCGCUCCGCCAUGUCCGACACACCAUCGCUGUCUCCUCCGCUAAAGGCGGCGUCGGCAAGUCCACGCUGGCCGCGAACCUCGCGCUGUCGUUCUCCCGGCACGGUCUGCGGACAGGGAUCUUGGACACGGACAUCUUCGGGCCCUCGGUGCCCACGUUGCUCGGACUGGCCGACGCCGGCGAGCCGAACCUCACCCCGCAGAACAUGCUGGUGCCGCUGACCAGCUACGGGCUCAAGAGCAUGUCCAUGGGCUACCUGCUGCCGAGCGAGUCGGCGCCCGUGGCGUGGCGCGGGCUGAUGGUGAUGAAAGCCUUACAACAACUGCUGCACGAGGUCGACUGGUCCCCGGGUCUGGACGUGCUGGUCCUCGACCUGCCGCCUGGCACGGGCGACGUGCAGUUGACCAUCGGACAACAGGUCGAGAUGUCCGGGGCGGUGAUCGUGUCGACGCCGCAGGACAUCGCGCUGAAGGAUGCCGUCAAGGGCGUGCAGAUGUUCCGCAAGAUGAACAUCGACGUGCUGGGCAUGGUGCAGAACAUGAGCGUCUUCGUGUGCCCGCACUGUCACCAGGAGACCAAGAUCUUCGCCGCCAACGACACCGGCCUGAGCGGCGCAGAGGCCAAGGCGGCGGAACUGGGCGUCGAUUUCCUCGGCGACGUCCCCCUCGACGCGAGGAUCUGCGCCGACGCCGACCGGGGCAUGCCAACCGUCGUCGCCGAGGAGGCUGCCGGUGUCAAAGUCAAUUCCGGGUACUAUGAACACAUCGCCGAGAAGGUUGCCCGGAAGAUCGGGUUGGGAUGGCAAUGA